UCCCACGUGCGCAAUAAUAAGGAGGGUAAAACUGAGCCAAGAUGACGGCCUUCGAACCAAUUGAUAUACAAAAGUACAAACGAAAGGCUCAGGCGGUCACACCCGACACAGUAUACUGGAAUCGUUUGGCAAAACCGGAGCUGCUUAAGGAGCACAGCAGUAUAGACUAUGUAGACUUCAGUCCCGCCGAUCCGGAUAACUUUGUGCUGACAUGUUCAGUGCGCGUACAGGUGUAUAAUCUGGUAACCAAGCUGGUGGUGAAGAAUCUGUCCCGAUUUCAAAAGACCGCCUAUGGCGCAACAUUUCGUCAAGAUGGACGUUUAGUGGUCGCUGGGGACGAGGAGGGACACGUGAAGCUCUUCGACAUAAACACUCGCAACAUCUUGCGUCUCUUCAAGGGUCACACGGCGCCAGUCCAUAGAACUUUAUUUAACGCCGACAAGCUACAAAUAGCGAGCUUUGCAGACGACAGAUCUGUACGUCUCUGGGAUGUGGCCAAUGAGAAGUGUGUGCGCACCUAUGAGGAUGCACAUAAUGAUUAUGUCCGCGCCGGUGUCAUGCAUCCCCAGGCGGCAAAUAUGUUCGCCUCUGGUGGCUAUGAUGGCAAAAUCAAUAUUUACGACACCCGAUCCGAAUCGGAUGUUGUACAAACUUUGGAUCAUGGCAGUCCGGUGGAAUCGAUGCUCUUUCUACCAAAUGGUUCCAUCAUCAUCACCGCUGGUGGCACACAGGUGAAGGUGUGGGAUAUGCUCAACGGCUGCCGCCUGUUGACACAAAUGUCCCAGCAUCAUAAAACCGUAACGUGUCUCCGCCUAGGAUCGGAUGGUCGCCGUCUGCUCUCCGGCGGCUUGGAUCGUCAUGUGAAGAUCUACGAUGUCAGUACCUACAAGACCGUACACACACUGACAUAUUCAAAUGCUGUAGUCAGCUUAGGUGUGGCCGAAAAGGAUCAGGCUGUGGUAGUUGGCAUGGUAGAUGGUCUUGUAUCCAUCAAAAGAAUGAUUGUGCACAGCCAUCCCAGCCAUCUCAGGAAAAUUAGGUCAACCUAUAGAGAACAUAGAAAACAGAAGCAGAAAACCCGGAUUAAACCGGGUUCCGAUCUGUCCGUCGACCAUUUCAUCAGGGAAAGAGAAACGGGACCCCAAUUAAAGAGUUUCGAUGUACAUCUGCGGGUAUAUGCGUAUAAAAAAGCGCUGGACUCAGCUUUCGAUUCGCUAAAAGUCAGAUAUAAUCCGGAGGUUGUUGUGGCGGUCAUAAAUGAGCUUCUUCAUCGCGAUGGCUUGGCUCAGGCACUUACGGAUCAGCCGGAAGCGAAACUAAUACGAUUCAUUAAAUUCGUAGGCUACAACAUCGGUGAUAUACGCUUUAUGCGGACGCUCCUUAAUGCCGCCUCCAUUAUGCUGGACGUCUAUGAACACAAUGUGUUGACGCAUAGCAAAAAACUAAAGAAAGCCUUUGAACGCUUGUCCGGUUUUAUGGAGAAUGAAAUAAAACUGACGAAACAACUGCUUGAGCUGAAAGGCGUUUUGGAUAUGUUCAUUGGGGCCUCCCUUGACAGUGGCGAAAAGGCUCAUCGAUCGUCCUUUGUAGAGGCAAAGCCGCCUCGCAUACAACCCUCAAAGGCAGCGGAAAAAUAUGUCGUCUUGGUGGAAUGAUAAGGAUAUAAGCUUUGUAUACAACUGCAAAUAAUUGGUUCAUCUGUAAUCCAAACGACGGUCACUUAUAAUUGCGGUUUUAAAUUAUUUCUUUAAGUAUAAAGUUAGUCCCAAUAAAUGUAAAUACAUAGUUCAAAAUAAAACGAUGAAAAAAUCACGUCAAGAUUUAA